AUGUCGGAGAAAGAAGAACGUCCGUCGACUUCCAACAAGUCCACCGGACCUCCGUCGCGACCGACCUUAUCUCUCCCUCCACGGCCCUUUAGUGAGAUGUUCUUCAGCGGCGGAGUUGGAUUCAGCCCUGGUCCGAUGACUCUGGUCUCGAACAUGUUCCCCGAUUCCGAUGAGUUUAGGUCUUUCUCCCAGCUCCUUUCCGGAGUCAUGCCUUCUCCAGCAGCUGCAUCUUCCGCAGCUAGUGAAGAAGGGGGUAAUAACAGCUCGAGCGGUGGUGAUGUUGACCCGAGAUUCAAGCAGAGCAGACCCACCGGUUUGAUGAUUUCGCAGUCUCCGUCGACGAUGUUCGCCGUAACGCCAGGGCUGAGUCCGGCGAUGCGGCUGGAUUCACCGAGCUUCUUGGGUCUUUUCUCUCCCCUUCAGGGAUCAUAUGGAAUGACACAUCAGCAAGCUCUAGCACAAGUCACAGCACAAGCUGUUCAAGCCAAUGCUAAUAUGCAACCACAAACCGAGUACCCUCCUUCCUCUCAGGUUUCAUCUGUUCAACCUCAGAACCCCACCACAGCUCCUGAUUCUUCAGCUCCAAGAAAAACCUCGGAUACAACCAUCAUCGAGCACAGGUCACAGCAGCCUCUAAAUGUUGACAAACCAGCUGAUGAUGGCUAUAACUGGAGAAAGUACGGACAAAAGCAAGUUAAAGGCAGCGAGUUCCCUCGAAGCUAUUACAAGUGCACGAAUCCAGGGUGUCCUGUCAAGAAAAAGGUUGAGAGAUCUCUCGAUGGACAAGUAACGGAGAUCAUCUACAAAGGUCAGCACAAUCAUGAACCUCCUCAAAACACUAGGCGAGGCAACAGAGAUAGCACAGCUAAUCUAAAUGGGAGUUCGGUUAAUAACAAAACUACGAGGGAACAACAUGAAGCAGCAGCAAGUCAAGCUACGACAGAGCAAAUGUCUGAGGCAAGUGACAGUGAAGAAGUUGGUAAUGGAGAAACUGGUGUGAGGAAGAAAGCUGAAGACGAGCCUGAUGCCAAGAGAAGAAGUACAGAAGUUCGAGUUUCAGAACCAGCUGCUGCUGCUGCUGCUUCACAUAGAACUGUGACAGAGCCUAGAAUCAUUGUCCAAACGACAAGUGAAGUUGAUCUAUUAGAUGAUGGAUACAGGUGGCGUAAAUAUGGACAGAAGGUUGUCAAAGGGAAUCCUUAUCCGAGGAGUUACUACAAGUGCACAACACAGGGAUGUGGAGUGAGGAAACAUGUGGAGAGAGCAGCAACAGAUCCAAAAGCUGUAGUAACAACAUAUGAAGGGAAACAUAACCAUGACCUUCCUGCAUCUAAAUCAAGCAGCCAUGCCGCUGCAGCUGCAGCUGCGGCACAGUUAAGGCCAGAAAAUCGUUUGGCUAACUUAAAUCAGCAGCAGCAGCCGGUUGCGCGUCUAAGGCUGAAAGAAGAGCAAAUAAUUUAA